AUGAUCCAGAUGAUCGUCUUUUGGCGGCUCUCCAAGGCGCUCGUCGCAUAUCAUGACGCUACCGGGGACGGCGAGGUGCUGGACAAGGCGGCGGGCGUCGGUCGUGACGCUCUGAGGCUCUGUGGUGCGGACCAUCCGCUGCUGGCUGUGAUCCUGGCACUGCAGGGCACGAUUCUCCGACAGCGCUUCGUCGUACAUGGGAACGAGGAGGAUUUGAAAGCUGCUUGGACACUUGCAUGUGCUGCUGUGGCGACCCACGAGGCCUCCAAAGGCGAAGAUCAGAACAUGAUGCACUCCGUGGCAGCCAAAGGAAUGUGCGCCUUGGUGAUGUGGGAGGACGGAGGCAAGCUGGAGGACCUGAAUGCGGCAAUUGCGCCCUUUAGAGGCGUGGCGGAAGAACGGCGUGAGACGCACCCGGACAGAGCGGAGGCGCUCUUCAGACUUGGAGAUGCGUUGAAGAGACGGUACCAGCUUCAGGAGGCCAAGGGGGAUCUCGUCGAAGCCAUCUGCCUUUGUCGAGACGCGUUGGGAGCAGAGACGGACACACGCCACCCACGAUACCCCUUCUGGGCUGCAGGUCUUGCUGCGUGUCUGCUAGAGGUCGCGAAAAAAGAAGCCAACGCGGACGCGCUCGACGAGGCGGCGGUGUGGGCCGAGCUCGCAGUUUCGCUGACCCCGGAGAUGCACCCGGGGUUGGCGGGCGUGAUGGUGGCCUGGGGCGAUGUCGUAUACGCGAGCGACCUCGACUGCUCUGAGCGGACACUGUCUGCGCAACAGCUUCGCACGGUAAAUAUAGGGCGGUCCGUGCAGGCGCGACACGACAUUCUCGCGAAGAGCCCGAGCGAAAGCUCCCGCGCGGCUGCACACGCGAUUCGAGAGGGGGAGCUGGAGCAUGCGAUAGAGCUGCUGGAGCAUGACCGGUCCGUCAUUUGGCAGCAGACGCUACGGCUUCGGCCGUCGAUGGACAAGUUGCACCAGGUUUCGCCUGCCCUCGCGGGUCGACUGUCCGAGACGAUAGGUGAACUCGACGGCAUCAUGCGCACACAAUAUAUGACCUACACGUUUGCCACAAUCGACAGCAUCAGGGAUCCUGAUCGCACGGAGCGGUGCCACCGCGAGGUCGCGGAGAGAUACGAGGACUUGCUCGCUGAAGUGAGAAAGCUGGACGGGUUCGACGAGUUCAUGCGAUUGACGAGAUUUGCGGACCUGGAGGGAAUCGCGCGCGAUGGGCCGGUCGUGGUUGUGAACCUGUGCAAAGACCGCUGCGACGCGCUCGUGUUGACGGCUGCAUAUGGCAUCCGCCACGAAGAGUUGGCGUUCGCUGCAGGGUCUUUGGAGGAAAAACCCGCUGCGGACACCAUGCGCACCAUGGACUCUGGGCUUUUGAAGACCUUGCGACUUCUCUGGAAGACGAUCGCCAAGCCCGUAAUCGAAGAGCUACGCGCGUUCGGUCCCAUCGCGGAGCGUCUGUUCUGGUGCAUGGCUGGGGCAGCAGACAUGCCCAUACACGCGGCGGGAGCAUACGAAGACGGGUGCUUGAAUUUGCCCGACAUCGUCGUGUCGUCGUACACGCCUACGCUCGCGGCCCUCCUCCGCGCGAGGAAGUCCGCAGGAGCUAAGUCUGCCAGGAUCCUGGCCGUGGCCAAGAGUGAAACGGCCGGGUUUUGUGAUCUGCCUUGUGCAAAGAUGGAGAUCGAGGUUCUGCAAGAAUAUGCGUCUCUUCCUGUGACCGCGCUCGUCGACGGUGCAGUCUCGUCAGCCGCUGUGCUAGAUAACCUGCGGACGCACAGCUGGGUGCACCUCUGCUGCCACGGGACCGUCGACGCUCAACAGCCGUUGUUGAGCACGCUUCACCUGGGCCACGUCGGGCAUCUGAACAUCGAGGCCCUGAUGCAGGCGCGGCUGCCGCAGGCGGACUUUGCAUACCUGAGCGCGUGCCACACGGCGGUGGGGUCUGUCGCGCGGAACGAGUCGAUGAGCCUGGCGGCGGCGCUCCAGGUAACGGGGUUCAGGUCGAUCGUGGCGACGAUGUAUUCUAUCGGGGACAACGACGGACCUGUUGUGGCGAUGGAGGUGUACAAGUACAUGUUCCGAGACGGCGCCCGGGCUGCACGGUCGUCUGACGCGGCCGUUGGGGUGCACCGGGCGGCGCGCGCGCUGCAGCGGUCGGGGGCGCAGCUGUUCCGCUGGGUUCCGUUCAUUCAUAUCGGGCUGUGACGGUUGUACCGGGCUGGAAUGAAUCAUUUUGCGAUGCCGACUGGAGGAGCGUGGAGGCGAACGCGCGUGAAACAAGUGUGGUAAAGAGGAAUGUGUACAUACACACACGUUUUCGGACGGCGGGUCAAUGACGGUGUCUUACU